GUGAGCUCCCGCGAUAAAAGGCCCACUCUCUCAGUCUCACUCACUCUCAAAGCAAUCUCUCCGAUAGAGAGAGAGACAGAGAGAGAGAUUGGUCAUGGCGACUUCUCAUCAGUUCUGCGCAGUCUCCGGCAGGGCGGAGAGCUUCAAGCUCGCGCGCUGCAAUUCCAUGAGCGGUCUCAUUGACUUCGGCUCGAGCUGGAAGAGGAAGACGAAGCUGCUCCGGAUCAGAACCGGGAACGGACUGCCACCGAGUCGCAGGGGUUUGAGCGUGAGGAGCGGGCCGAAGCAGAAGAUCGAGGAUCCGAUCACCGCCGAUGAAGACAUCUCGAGCACGUUGAGCCCUUUCACGCCAGAUGCUGCGUCCAUCGCAUCAAGCAUUAAGUAUCAUGCUGAGUUCACUCCUUCAUUUUCCCCAGACCAAUUCGAGCUUCCGAAGGCUUUCUUUGCGACUGCACAAAGUGUCCGUGACGCGCUCAUUAUAAACUGGAACGAGACGUACGAUUGCUGCAACAAGCUUAACGUGAAGCAGGCGUACUAUCUUUCUAUGGAGUUUCUUCAGGGCAGAGCGUUGCUAAACGCAAUUGGUAACUUGGAUCUCACCGGUGCAUAUGCAGAGGCUUUGAGGAAACUUGGUCUAGCUCUAGAAAACGUGGCUGUUCAGGAGCGUGAUGCUGCACUUGGUAACGGGGGUCUUGGUCGGCUUGCCUCUUGCUUCUUGGACUCUUUGGCAACUUUAAAUUACCCAGCCUGGGGUUACGGACUCAGAUACAAGUAUGGCCUGUUUAAGCAACUGAUUACAAAAGAUGGUCAGGAAGAAGUCGCUGAAGAUUGGCUUGAGAUGGGCAAUCCAUGGGAAAUUGUGAGAAAUGACAUCUCAUAUCCUAUAAAAUUCUUCGGUAAGGUUAUUUCUGAAUCAGAUGGUAAGAAACAUUGGAUUGGUGGGGAGGAUAUACAAGCCGUUGCUCAUGACGUUCCAAUUCCUGGAUAUAAAACGAAAACUACCAUCAAUCUGCGGCUAUGGUCAACUAAAGUUCCAUCUGAAGAUUUUGAUCUAUCUGCUUUUAAUGCUGGAGAGCACACCAGAGCAAAUGAGGCGCUAGCAAAUGCUGAAAAGGUUUGCUAUGUACUAUACCCUGGGGAUGACACUGAGGAGGGGAAAAUACUCAGGCUGAAGCAACAGUAUACCUUGUGCUCAGCUUCUCUUCAAGAUAUUAUUGCUCGAUUUGAGAGAAGAUCCGGAGAAAAAGUAAAAUGGGAAGAAUUUCCUGAGAAGGUGGCAGUGCAGAUGAAUGAUACUCAUCCAACCUUGUGCAUUCCAGAACUUAUGAGGAUUUUGAUAGAUGUGAAAGGUCUAACCUGGAAAGAAGCUUGGAAUGUCACUCAAAGGACUGUGGCAUAUACAAACCAUACUGUUCUACCCGAGGCAUUGGAGAAAUGGAGCUUAGAACUGCUGGAGAAGCUGCUUCCUCGGCAUGUCGAGAUCAUAGAAAUGAUUGAUGAGGAGCUAAUACGCAGUAUAGUUGCAGAGUACGGCACAGCAGAUCCCGAUAUAUUAGAGAAAAAAUUGAAGGAGAUGAGGAUCCUGGAAAAUGUCGAUUUGCCUGGUGAAUUUGCAGAUUUAGUUGUGAAACCGAAAGAAGUCCCCAAUGUUGCUGCCACUGCAGAACUUGAAAUUUCAGAAGUAACGCAACACAAUGAUGAUGAAGAAGCUGAGAUUGGAAAGCAACCUAAUGACAAUGAAGAAGCUGAGACUGGAAAGCGACCUAAUGAUGAUGAAGAAGCUGAGACAGGAAAUUCCAUGGAGCAGAAAUCCAUUGAGUUGGAACUGGAACCAGAACCGGAACCAGAACCAGAACCACCUAAGAUGGUUCGGAUGGCCAAUCUUUGUAUUGUGGGAGGUCAUGCAGUAAAUGGAGUUGCUGAAAUUCAUAGUGAGAUAGUAAAAAAUGAGGUGUUCAACGAAUUCUUUAAGUUGUGGCCUGAAAAGUUCCAGAACAAAACAAACGGGGUGACCCCAAGAAGAUGGAUCCGAUUCUGCAAUCCCGAGUUGAGUAAAAUCAUAACGAACUGGACUGGCACAGAGGACUGGAUCCUUAAUAUGGAGAAACUCGCUGAAUUGCGGAAGUUUGCAGAUAACCCGGAUCUUCAAACCCAGUGGAGAGCAGCAAAAAAGAGCAAUAAGAUGAAGGUUGUGGAAUUAAUUAAAGAGAAAACAGGAUAUGACGUCAGCCCUGAUGCCAUGUUCGACAUUCAGGUGAAGCGCAUCCAUGAGUACAAGCGACAACUGCUGAAUAUAUUGGGAAUCGUUUAUCGCUACAAGCAAAUGAAGGAAAUGAGUGCUACUGAAAGGAAAGCAAAGUUUGUUCCUCGAGUUUGUAUAUUUGGGGGAAAGGCAUUUGCAACAUAUGUACAAGCCAAGAGGAUUGUGAAAUUCAUUACGGAUGUUGGGGCCACGAUAAAUCAUGAUCCUGAGAUCGGUGACUUAUUGAAGGUUGUGUUUGUUCCUGAUUACAAUGUGAGCGUUGCUGAAUUGCUCAUACCAGCUAGUGAGCUCUCACAACAUAUCAGUACUGCUGGGAUGGAGGCUAGCGGCACCAGUAACAUGAAGUUCACCAUGAACGGCUGUGUUUUGAUUGGAACCUUAGACGGUGCUAAUGUUGAAAUUAGACAAGAGGUCGGAGAAGAGAACUUCUUCCUGUUUGGUGCUGAAGCACCUGAAAUAGCAGGGCUCAGGAAAGAAAGAGCUGAAGGCAAGUUUGUUCCUGACCCGAGGUUCGAAGAAGUCAAAAAAUUUGUCAGAAGUGGUGCUUUUGGGCAUUCCAACUAUGAUGAACUGAUGGGAUCCUUGGAAGGAAAUGAAGGUUUUGGCCGUGCAGACUAUUUUCUAGUAGCAAAGGAUUUUCCCAGUUACAUCGAGUGCCAAGAAAAGGUUGAUAAGGCAUAUCUAGACCAAAAGAGAUGGACAAGAAUGUCGAUCAUGAACACAGCGGGCUCAUACAAGUUCAGUAGCGACAGAACAAUUCAUGAGUACGCUAAAGACAUAUGGAACAUCAAGACCAUCGAGCUACCGUGAGUCUGUACUUUUUUAUGAGUUGGCUUUGAUCUCCCUAUGUUACAAAUAAAUACAAGUAUAGAUUUGUGAUAUAGAGGGCGAGGGCAUAAUGUAGAUCAUCAUCGAGAAAUAAAAUGCCACUCCCAGUUGUAUGAUAGUAAUAGAUGUCAAACUUGUGUCAUGAAUCAUGCCGUAGGCAAUGUAGCCGAACUGGAAACAGAUGAGAAUAAUAUGGGCAAGCUUGAGCUCCCCUCGUUUGCAUGUACUUAGUUUCAAGGAUUGCCAAUUAAUAGAGAGGGUGUUAUCCAA